ACGUGCUCCUCCACAUGUGUACAGCAUGGCGAACUGGACUCAGCAGGACGGAGCUCCGAAACCCGUCACAAAUCCUCCAGAAGUGUCGCUAAACUCCGGCGGGAGUGUUACCGGCGGCCCCGCGGCGGCUCCAUGCCUCAUCCCGUCAUUCGCGGACGCGGUAAAGCUGCUGAAGGCCAGAUACUCGUGUCUGGUUCUGGACACUCACCGGAGACACAUCUCCCUGCCGCCCGUACACCUGAAGAAGAAGAAAACCGGCAUACAGGAGCAACUCAACGCCGAGCUGCUAAAAUACUCCAACAGUCUGAAUGGUGUUCCUGUGGCGUAUGACAACAUUAAAGUCGUGGGACAGCAUGGGAAUAUUUUUGAUGAUCAGGGCUUUAUUCACUUCAACAUCGAGGCCUCAUUCGUGAUCUUCACACCAAAGAAGGGAUCAAGGCUGGUGGGUGUGAUUAAUAAGAUGGGAGUGAGUCACGUGGGUUGUCUGGUUCACGGUUGUUUUAACGCGUCGGUGGUGAAGCCGAAUGCGCUGACCUCGGAUCAGUGGAGGGACUCGGGGCUGUGUGUCGGACAGAAUCUGGAGUUCGAGGUCUUUCAGCUGGACGCAGAUGCUGCAGGUGUUCUGCUCAUCAGAGGACGACUCGACAGAUCCAGAGUGCAAGAGCUCGUGGCCCAAUUUGAACAAAAAGCAGAGACUGCAGAACCAAGUACUGAAGCCGACACCAUAGAAGACACGACUGACAGUCCAAAACCCAAGAAGAAGAAAAAGAAGAAAGACAAGAAUGAUACGGAGUCAUCAAUGGACGAGUGUAUGAUUAACAACAGCCUGCAGGAAAGCUCAGAAAACCACCAAACCACAACAGAGGAGGACUACAAUGCUAACGGACGGCAUAAAGAGAAGAAAAAGAAAAAAGACAAGGAUGAUACAGAGUCAUCAAUGGACGGGUUUAUGAAUAACAACAGCCUGCAGGAAACCUCAGAAAACCUUGAAACCGCUCUGGACACAACAGAGGAGGACUGCAAUGCAAACGGACGGCAUAAAGAGAAGAAAAAGAAAAAAGACAAGGAUGAUACAGAGUCAUCAAUGGACGGGUUUAUGAACAACAACAGACUGCAGGAAACCUCAGAAAACCUUGAAACCGCUCUGGACACAACAGAGGAGGACUGCAAUGCAAACGGACGGCAUAAAGAGAAGAAAAAGAAGAAGAAAAGAGACAAGCAGCUGGAUUCGUCGGAGAUCGUACCCACCAGUGACUCCAGCGGGUACAUCAGUGAUAAAACCAGCAGAAAGAGAGCGCUGGAGGCCGAAAACGACACCGAAACACCUGCUGCUAAAAAGAAGAAGAAGAGCAAGUGAUUUCUGUCCUUUAUGAACUAUAUUAACUUAACGUCGCUGAGAUCUAUUUGUGUGAUUUAUAUUUGCAGAAUGUAAUAAAUUGAUUUUCUUCUGGAGGAUUUGCACGUUUAUAUUUGUCCGCCACUAGAGGGCAGUAACUACACCUCUUUUUGACACACACAGUUAAUGGCGCGUCUGCCAAAUCAAUCUAAGCAGUGUUAUCAAGCUGAAAAGGGCUUAUCGUGACUCUUUUGGACAUUUUUAUGAUUUUGGGAACUAAACUGUUCAUGUAAUCCUGUUUAUAAUUGAUAAUAAUAAGGAUCUUGCUCUAAAAGUGUUUUUUAUUGCUUUAAGGAUUAAAAUAAUUACAGUGAGGUUUAAAUAAAGAACUGGUAACAUACUGUAAUGUUUCUGCCAACAUUAAGAGCAGUUUUUUUUUUUUUUGGAUUGAUCUUUUCUGCUCAUUUUAAUGUUUUAAAUAUGUGAAAUUUAUAUUUUUACCUUUUAAAAACUCAGAAAUUUGAACUUCUUAAACUGCUGUGCUGUAAAAUGUUGUGCUGGCAGGAGAUCAUAAGUGUGAGUGUGUGUGAAAAAUAUAUUUUUAUGCUGUUUUAUUUUUUUGUGACGAUGGCAUGCUGUUUAUUUGUUUUUAAAUAUAUUAUUUUAGUGACUAAAACAUUAGAAAUGAAUUUCUGAAUGCAAUAGAAGGAUAUGAAUGCAUUUCUUUAACAUGUCUUCAACUUCUGAAUUAAAAUUAUUUUUAAAUCUUUUGACCCAAAGUCUAAAAUGUGGAGAUGGUAUCGAAUCUGUGAGAACAAUGAAUGAAAAAAA